AUGGUUAUUCCUAAGUAUUUUCUUCUAGCCAUUUUCUUAUUGCUUAUUUGCAAAGUAUCAUCAUCAGAAUUAGAAGAGCCAUUACUUGGCCCUAGAGUAUCAUCAUCAAGUUCUAACUCUCGAUCAUCGAGCCCUAAAUUUAAAAGACUAGCAAGUCCUAAAAAGACUAUGGAAGAGAUUCAUAUUGCUAAUGCUAUAAAACAUGAGAAAGAAGCAGAACAUCAUAAAUCAGAAAGGCUUAAGUGGAGACAAAACACACAGGAAAGUAAUUCGAGUAUUUAUCGUGUUUACAGCGAAGCCAAAGCAAUGAUUCACGCUGACGAGAAAUUUCAGAGUUUAAAGAAAGCCAAAAAAGAGAGAGAAAAGGCUGUAAAAGCUAAACAGCAAGAAGGAACAUCGCGAAGUUGA